UUUUAAAACUUUCCAAACAAUUCAAUCUGCCAAAACUGAAAUUUUGACCUUGUUUUACAGAUACUCCAGCUCAUUCACUCUCCCACUUGCACCACGGAAUCUCACCCAUCCACGUGUCCCCAGAUCUCAUCCCCAUCCUCAAACAACGCCGUCCCCAUCCUGAAGCAACGCCCAGCCAACCGCCGCCGCCGCCGAGCACCACUCGUCGCCGGCCAUGGAGACCUCCGCCGCCGCGGGUGGCGCACACUUGAUCUACGUAUCCUCCGACGACGAGGAGGACGAAACACGCGUCCUCCUUGCCGAAUCCUACAGCGCCGAGGAGAUCCAGAUCCAGCAGGCCAUCCUCCUCUCGCUCGACCCCUCCAGCGACGCGGACGCCGCCCAUUCCUCCGCCUCCUCCUCCCGCCCCUCCGGCGCCGCCUCCACCUCCGACGAACCCUCCUCCCUUCCCGACCGCAAGGGCAAGCGCAAGCUAUCAUCGGAAGAUGGCCCUAUCGAAUCCACGAGGAAGAAGCGGCGGAAGCGCGGCCGAUUCAAGUGCAGCGUCUGCAUGGAGAAGCUACAGGUCUCGGAGCAGUUCACCGUGAGCUUCUGUGCCCACGCGUUCUGCAACAGCUGCAUUGGCCGCUACGUCGCCGCCAAGAUCUCCGAGAACGUAGCCGUGAUCGGGUGCCCUGACCCCGGGUGCGAGGAGGGUUUCGUCGAGAUGGACACUUGCAGGGAUAUCAUCCCGCCGGAGUUGUUUGAUCGGUGGAGCGUCUCGCUGUGCGAGUUGGCACUGGGUGAGAAGAAGUACUACUGUCCGUUCAAGGAUUGCUCGGCGUUGCUGAUCAAUGACAACGACGGCGCGGAGAAGAAGAUCAGGGAGACGGAGUGCCCCCACUGCCACCGGAUGUUUUGUGCAAGGUGUCGUGUGCCUUGGCAUGAUGGGAUCAAAUGUAAGGAGUUCAGGAAGCUAGGCGAUGAUGAGAAGGGGGAGGAGGAUCUGAUGUUCAAGAAGCUGGCUGGGAAGAAGAAAUGGCAGAGGUGCCCAAAUUGUAAGAUGUUUGUCUCGAGGAUUGAUGGUUGUUUACAGAUAAAAUGCAGGUGUAAACAGUAUUUCUGUUACUACUGUGCUGCCCCAAUGAAGAAAGAUAGUCACUACUGUAUGAGUUGCCAUCGUUAGUGAAGGGUCUUAUCUAAACACUGUAAGAGUUGCCAUCGUUAGUGAAGGGUCUUAUCUAAACACAGACUUUGUACAUAGGUAUAGGUAACAUGUAAUAAAUAUAAGUAUGGUAUCAUCUCCUUGAAGUGGAAAUACAUUUUGUACAAUGUUAAUGAUCUUAAUGACCUGAAGAGCAGGUCACUGAUCCAAGUCUCAGUGUCAUCUUUUUAUUAAUCAAUUUUGCGUGAACUUUGGAUGGAAUAUCCACACUAUGUAGCUAAUAGCAAUUCUGUAAUGGUUGCAUGGUUGAGGUU